AUGGCACAGCUAACUUUGCCACAAACACCGUUCCCUCUCGUGCCACAGAACGUUCUGAGUGCGGAAAACCGUCCGUUUACCAUCAACGAUCUGCCGCCGGCAGUCCGGGUUGCAUUCCCUGGCCUAAAGGCGUUCAACAAACUCCAGGUGACGGUUGCCGGUGCCGUGUUGCAGUCCGAAGAUUCACUCGUCGUCAACGCACCGACCGGUUCCGGUAAGACGGUUAUUCUCGAGCUGGCAAUCGUGAAGCUGUCGGUUGAGUGUGCCGGCGUGAAACCGUUUCGGGUGGUGUACCUUGCCCCCACGCGGUCACUGUGUGCGGAAAAGUAUCACGAAUGGAGGACCCGGUUUGCGGCACUCGGUGUCAGCUGCAUCCAAUACGACGGUGACAACGCGGUCGAGGACAUUGGCAGGCUCGGUCAGCACCAGUUGAUUCUGAGUACGCCGGAAAAAUGGGAAGUAUUCACACGCCACUGGGGCGACCAGACGGUGGCGAACGUGCUCCAACCGGUCCGGCUGUUCCUGAUCGAUGAGAUCCAGGUGAUGGAUGAUGGCGUGCGUGGUGCGAAUCUGGAGCUGGUCGUGUCGCGCAUGAAGUACAUCGAUUCCCGGCUGCACCGCGGCGAGCAACGGAACGACGGUGGACAACCGGAAUCGAUCCGGUUCAUCGCCGUGUCAGCCUGCAUUCCGAACGUGGACGAUAUAGCGCGCUGGUUAAAGAACGAACGUAACGUGUUGCCGUUUUCGUUCGCCGAAACAUACCGAUCCACCCGUAUCGGGCGGCACGUUGUUGGAUAUCCGUGCACCACGAAUCCGUACAAGUUCGAAAUGGAUUUAAACUACAAACUGCCGGCCAUAAUCGAAGAGUACUCGCGCCAGAAACCCACGCUGGUGUUCUGUUCGUCGCGCAAGAGUGCCGAAACGACGGCCAGUUUUUUGGCACGCACGAACAUUCAGCGAUCCCUUCCGCCUGGGGCGAUCCUGGCCCAAAUUUCCUCCCAAAUAGCGAGCAAGCCGCUGCGGGAUUGUGUCGAGAAAGGGGUUGCCUUCCAUCACGCCGGUUUGCUGCUCACCGAUCGGAACUGCAUUGAGACGCACUUCCGGAGCGGACACUUGGCCGCACUCUGUUGCACCAGCACGCUCUGUAUGGGUGUGAAUCUGCCCGCGUACCUUGUGAUCAUCAAGUCUACCUUUAGCUUCGGGGGGAAAAACUACUCGGACAACUAUAUACUACAGAUGAUUGGCCGAGCUGGUCGUGCGCAAUACAACGAGGACGGGGUGGCAGUGAUCCUGACGGCCGAAGAGAACGCGGAACACUACCGGAAACUGGUGGCCGGCACGGCACCCGUCGAGUCGCAGCUGCACCAUCGCCUUGCGGAGCUUCUGAACUCGGAGAUUGCACACGGCAUCAUCUACGACCAACCUGCGGUGAUGGAGUGGAUAAGGUCCACCUUUUUCUAUGUACGGGCGCGAACCAAUCCAACCCAUUACCAGCUGUCCGGAGCGCGGGACAUCGAGGACGAAAUCGAACAAAUGUGUCGCGAUACAAUCGAUUCGCUGGAGGAAAGCGGUCUGAUCCUGAAGCGGCGUCCGAACGCACUGUUUUCCACCGCCUGCGGGAAGCUGAUGACUCGUAACCAUCUUUCCUUCAAGACCAUGCGGUUGCUUCAGUCGGAUAUGAAGGGUACGGAAUCGAUGCAGCAAAUGUUGCAACUUGUCGCGAGGGCAGACGAGUUCUGCGAGUACAAGUGUCGAAACAACGAGAAGCGUAUCCUGAACUCGCUCAACGUUCCCUCGGCAAGGGAUGCCACCGGAGGUCAUCCAGAAGAGAUUGCCGGCGAAGAACCCCCAACUGGCGUGCGAUUUCGGUGGCCGGGACGAAUCAGCUCUACCGAGGCAAAGGUGUAUUGUCUCGUACAGGCCGUGUUCGGGAAUUUAACCAUCAACGACCAUGGCCUUCAUCAGGAGGCGGUCAAAAUAGUUACCCUUGGUGCGCGCAUUGGCCGGUGCGUGGUGGGAUUGCUGGACGCCAACGGAAGUCAGCUUCCGGCCGGGUGCUUCCAAGCGAUGCUGAACGUGUCCCGGUUGAUUCAGUGCUUCCAGGCGAAGUUGUGGUUCGACAGCCCGUUCAUAAUGAAGCAGUUGGAUCAAAUCGGACCAAAACUUGCACGCCACCUAGCCGACCGUGGCAAGGUAACGUUUCGGGCUGUGCGCGAAUCGGAUCCGCGCGAAUUAGAAUGGAUCCUGAAAAAGCAACCUCCUGUUGGAAACGACAUCAUUGGCUUUGUUGAUAGUUUGCCACAGUUUUCGAUCGAGAUCACGAAAACAACUGAUGCUGCGAAGGACGAAGCGGAAGAACCGGUAUUUUCCUGCAUCGUUUCGCAAAAGAACGUGCAAUACGACCCAAGGAGCAUGCCGAUUUCGUACAGUGUGCUUGUUGGAGACUCUUCGAACCGAUUAUUACUACAUCGCACAAUCGAAAACAUGACUCCUGCCGAUAUGGAAGAGGGUAAUGGCUUCACGUGGCCCAUUUAUCCGAGCAAUAUCUCAUCGGUUCGAUCCCUUUCGGCUCACCUUAUCUGUUCCGAUUGGGUCGGAUUGGAUUGUUCGUACACGUUGGAUCUCCUUGAUCCACCGGCCAUUGUCAAAAACAAGCAAACUACCAUAACACACUUCUUUCCGAAUCAAACGAUCACCAACAACAACAACAACACAACGAUGCUUCCGGUGGAACGGGAUCCUUUUUCUUGCGCUCAGGAGAAGCCAAAAGAGAAGAGGAUAUCCACGCUGAACGAUUCCGGUAUUUCACUGCCAUCGUUAAUAAACAGACAGCUUCCGACCGAAUCAUCCACACAUGUGAUCGCCGCAACCUCCAUCAAGGAGCGACUUGAGAUGGCCGCCGCAUUAAAAUCCAAAAACGACAUCACUACCAGCAGCGAAGCGGAAAAUGGCCCCAGUUUAGUAUUGCCUCGUCCACCACGAGUGGCGCAAACCAUGCCACUGCGAUCGAUUCUAAAGCGUCCAGCUUCGACGAGCGGGGAAUCGUUUAAAAAUCUACCACCUGCGGAACCGUCGGAGCUCAGAGUGCGCCGCCGAUUGCGACCAUAUUUUAGCAGCGAAGAGUUCCGGCACAUGUUCCGGGAGCGAAAGUAUACGCAAAGUUUCAUCCUCUGCAGCCUCUCGGAGGACAUUAUCGAUUGCUUCAAGAGGUACAACCUAUUUCUAACGUUUGGCGACAUCAGCCCACGAGUCCCACAGGAAAGAGAAGAGUAUUCAGCGGUGGAAGCGUUUACUCCAGUGUUGAGGAAGAAGAAAAACUUUAAUUUAGGACGUGCUGAAGAUGUUAUUUGCAUGGAUGAAUAAAUCAAGUCAGGACUGGUCAAUUCUUUACUCAAUAGUUUGAAAAUAUUGCCCAUUUAUUGAUAUGACGAUACUAUACGGUAACGCAAUGUACAGCAUUGCUUAAAAUUCUAAGAAAGAUAUUCUAGUGUUUUUUUUUCAACUUUCUAAGAGAAAUCAUUAGAAGUGGCGAACAAAAUACAAGAUUUUAAGCAAGUUCGUAAACCUAAACGCAUAAAAGCGGGGAAAUCUAUGUCUCUAUCGUG